AUGGGAGAACGCGCAGAAGAGGAGCAACGUAUGGGCGGUACGCACGACGACGCGUUGCCCACGGGCCCACCGCAGGAAGCGAGCAGUGGCAGGGAGACCACGACGCGAUCCGGAAGAAGCGGCAGACAACAUGAUCAGAACAGACGGGCGAACAGAGAAGUAGCCGUCAUCUCGAUCGACGAACAUGGAACACUCGAACUCCAGGGAUGGGUCACUGGGUUCGAAGCGGCAUUCAUCACAGCCGGAAACGACAAGUAUUCGUACUACGAAGGUGCGAAGAAGGACGAUAAGACAGGGCAGAUCCCGGACGAGUACCGAGGACACCCAGCAUUCGGGGCGAAGCAUAUGGAAGGGCUGCCAGAUCAUGGACCC